CUGUUCCUUACCCAUAAAAAGAAAAAAAGAAAGAAAAGAAAAAGAAAAACAGAGGGGAUCUUCAUUGCUCACUCCUCCCAAACAAACCGCCAUAGCUAGUUAUUAUCAAAUCCUGUGUCGUUCUUGGUGUUAACAAUUCCUAUUUGCUAAUUCUAAUUAUAGAAGUAGCUCGUGCUCAGUGCAAACAUCAUUAAUAUAUAUAUAAUAUUAUAUGUAUAUGUAUUUGUAUAUAGGGAGAGAGAUAUCGAGAGAAAGAGUGUGUUUAAGUGACUGGUGAAACGCGAAAGUUGCUUCUUUUUGGGUUUUGUGUUUGUCGACUGAAACUGGUGCAGAUUGGUGGUUUGGCUGAUCUAUCUAUUUGGUUGAUCUGAGAGAGAAAGAGAGAGAGGGAGAGAAAGAGGGAUAUGGUGGUGGGAUGAGGUUGAGGAAAAGGGGAGAUGGCGAGGGGAGAGUGGGGAUAUCAAGGGAGAGGAAAAUGGGGAUGUUCGUACAAGAGAACCACUCUAAUAGUUUGCCUCAUCAACAUUGUAGUUGCUCUUUUCGUUCUUCGUUCUCUCUACGCUUCUCUAUAUAUCUAUUCCGAUCCCUAUUCACGUCCAGUUGUUAAUUACACCCCGGAUCAGAUUAGGAUGAUGGAAGAAUCAAUUCAAAUUCGAAGAGCAGCCGAACCAUUGGAGCUUCUUAAAUUGGUGAAGAAACUUGAAAAGGAGCUUUCCAGUGAAGUGAUGAUUAGUGAACUCCCCCAACAUUUGAAGCAGAGUAUAGCUGACGAGGUUGUUCAGAGAUUGAAAACAUUGGGUGCCAGAGCAAAUAUUAGUGAGCAGAGAGAAGCAGUUGAAAGAUGGAGAAUGGAAAAACUGAACCAAACUAAGCAGUUGACCCCUGAGAGAGAUAAUGCGGUGUCAACUAUUUCCCGUGAGGAGGCGGAUAUGCUAGUAAGAGCUUUGGAGUCGAACUGGGCUGUGGUAUCUGAAGAAAUUGGCCUUUGGAUACCUCCUGAAGCUAUUAACAAAGAACAUGAUGAUAAACCCGAAGGCGAAGAGGAAGAGGAAGACAUUUUGCCCGGCAGACCAGUUCCAGCCGAAUGUCAUGCUGAACUUCAUACGGAUUACGGUGGUGCAGCCGUGAGAUGGGGGCUAACUUUCCACAAAGAAAGUGCAGCUGAUUGCUGCCAGGCUUGCUUAGAUCAAGCUAAACAUGCCAAGCCCGGUGAGAGGAAAUGCAACAUCUGGGUUUAUUGCCCGUCUGAGGGUGGCUGCUACUCACCGGACAUUUAUCAACAUAGAAAUCAAGAAUGCUGGCUUAAAUUCGCGGAGAAGCCAAAAGUAAAUUUCAAGGACAAGUAUUCGGAGUCAUACAGAAACUCCCAUCCAACUGCACCACUCAUUGUUCCAUGGGUCUCGGGCGUCGUCAGUGCAUAAAUUGUGUUCAACCAACAAAUGGGGAACACACACACAUUAUUGGAACACCAUUAUUACACACUUUGAACAAAGUGAGUUGAAUUCUGAACUGGCUGAAGGGAGAAAGAAGUAGGACUAUGCUGCUGCUAUUCAAUCCCAUCCCUCCAUCCUUUUUUGAGGUUUUUAUUUUUACAAAGUUAUAUAAUUUUUUGUAAUACGAACUAUUAUGGGAAUAGCAAGUUUCAACAUUCUCUUUGGUAAUCAAGGCGAGCUUAAUCAGAUUAGAUUGUUUGAGAAGUGUUAUGUGGAUUGAUUGCUGCUUAUCAAACUAGAUAUUACGAAGGAAUUGAUUUGAUCUUUGUACGAUGCCCUUAUUCCUAUAUAUAAUGGAUUAUUAGAAGAAAACGAUGUACAAGAUUGUCAAGUAAACAUAUUUGCUGAAAAUGUGAAUAUUUUCUAUUAAA